AUGUUCGUUUGCAAUGGCCAGUCGCCCUGCCCCACGCUGUACGCUGAGGAGGGUGACAUUGUUGAGUUGACGGUCAAGAGCGAUGUCUAUGCCCAGUCAUCCAUUCAUUGGUCUGGAAUCGGCCACAAAGCAACCGGCAGCUGGAAUGACGGUACGGCCGGAAUUUCUCAGUUCCCGAUCCUUCCUCGUGGCAACUUUACCAGUGUUAUCGAUACGACGGGCUCGUGGGGUCUGAACUGGUACGCCGAGCACACAACCGCGGCCUCCGCUGAUGGUCUUUACGGAAUGGUCUACGUAGCACCCAGCCCAUCAAGACCACGACCGUACAGGUUGAUCACAAAUGAUGAAAUCGAGCUGCGAAAGAUCAUGGAGGCGGAGAAGGAGGUCCGCCACAUCGCGAUUAAGAACCACCAACACCGCGAUACUGGCUGGAAGAUGCUGCGUAUGAAGGCCGAAGGUUCAGAGUUUUACUGUUACGAUUCGAUCCUUGUCAAUGGCAAGGGUCGUGUUCAUUGCCGUCAGCCCGGCUUCGAGCAGUUGAAUGGCCGUGAUCUCGACGAAACAGGCUGCGCACAGCCAGCCGGGUUGCCGCAGGAGACUUGCACCCCCAGUCAAGCAGACUAUGAGGUCAUCGAGACAGAGGGGCGACCGUACAUCAUGUUGAACCUAAUCAACAUCGGUUUCGAGCACUCCGUCGUCGCGUCUAUUGUGGGCGAAACCAGCACAGAACGCUCAGAAUGGGAAAAGUGGUGUUGUUGGUUGAAGAACUAA